UCCCAGCUCCGGGCUCAUGCGGUGGAUAUGAAUGGAAACAAGGUGGAGAAUCCUAUUGACCUUUACAUCUAUGUGAUUGAUAUGAAUGACAACAGGCCGGAGUUUAUAAACCAAGUCUAUAAUGGAUCUGUUGAUGAAGGCUCUAAACCAGGUACCUACGUGAUGACAGUGACGGCGAAUGAUGCAGAUGAUGGUACUACGGCGAACGGGAUGGUGAGAUACCGGAUCGUGACUCAGACCCCUCAGAGCCCAUCGCAAAAUAUGUUUACUAUUAACAGCGAGACGGGAGACAUUGUCACUGUGGCUGCUGGACUUGACCGAGAGAAAGUUCAGCAGUAUAUAGUCAUUGUUCAAGCCACAGAUAUGGAAGGAAACCUUAACUAUGGUCUCUCAAACACGGCAACAGCGAUCAUUACGGUGACAGAUGUGAACGACAACCCACCCGAAUUCACGACCAGCACUUAUUCAGGAGAAGUUCCUGAGAACAGAGUGGAGGUUGUGGUGGCAAAUCUGACGGUGAUGGACCGGGACCAGCCUCACUCCCCCAACUGGAAUGCCAUCUACCGCAUUAUCAGCGGGGACCCCUCUGGCCACUUCACCAUCCGGACAGACCCUGUCACCAACGAAGGCAUGGUAACUGUCGUGAAGGCAGUCGAUUACGAGAUGAACAGAGCUUUCAUGCUGACAGUGAUGGUAUCAAACCAAGCUCCCCUGGCCAGUGGCAUCCAGAUGUCUUUCCAGUCAACAGCAGGAGUCACCAUUUCAGUCACGGAUGUCAACGAAGCACCGUAUUUCCCCACGAACCACAAGCUGAUCAGGCUGGAGGAAGGGGUGCCUACGGGGACAGUCCUGACGACGUUUUCAGCAGUGGAUCCCGAUCGCUUCAUGCAGCAGGCAGUAAGAUACUCUAAGCUGUCAGAUCCUGCAAACUGGCUGAACAUUAAUGCCACAAAUGGUCAGAUCACUACUGCUGCUGUCCUUGAUCGAGAGUCAGACUACAUUAAGAAUAAUGUCUACGAGGCCACAUUCUUGGCGGCUGACAACGGUAUACCCCCCGCAAGCGGCACUGGCACUUUGCAGAUCUACCUAAUCGACAUCAACGAUAAUGCUCCUGAGCUGCUGCCAAAGGAGGCACAGAUCUGUGAAAAGCCAAACCUGAAUGUCAUCAACAUAACAGCCGCGGAUGCUGACAUCGAUCCAAACGUUGGGCCCUUUGUCUUCGAGCUGCCAAGUGUGCCAUCUGCGGUGAGGAAGAACUGGACCAUAACACGGCUGAAUGGCGAUUACGCCCAGCUUAGUUUACGAAUCAUGUACCUGGAAGCGGGUGUGUAUGAUGUGCCGAUCAUCGUGACGGACUCGGGAAACCCCCCCUUGUACAACACGUCGGUCAUCAAAGUGAAGGUGUGCCCCUGUGACGAGAACGGCGACUGCACCACCAUCGGGGCGGUGGCCGCGGCGGGGCUGGGCACGGGGGCCAUCAUCGCCAUCUUGAUCUGCAUCAUCAUUUUACUCACCAUGGUCCUGCUGUUCGUGGUGUGGAUGAAGCGCCGGGAGAAGGAGCGCCAUACCAAGCAGCUCCUGAUCGACCCCGAGGACGACGUCAGGGACAAUAUUCUGAAGUAUGAUGAAGAGGGAGGUGGAGAGGAAGACCAGGAUUACGAUUUAAGCCAGCUCCAGCAGCCGGAGACCAUGGAUCACGUGCUGAACAAGACACCUGGAGUCAGGAGGGUGGAUGAAAGACCUAUUGGUGCUGAACCACAGUAUCCUGUAAGACCAGUAAUCCCACAUCCAGGGGAUAUUGGUGACUUUAUUAAUGAGGGCCUGCGUGCGGCGGACAACGACCCCACGGCCCCCCCCUACGAUUCCCUCCUGGUCUUCGACUACGAGGGCAGCGGCUCCACCGCCGGCUCCGUCAGCUCCCUCAACUCCUCCAGCUCCGGGGACCAGGACUACGACUACCUUAACGACUGGGGGCCCAGGUUCAAGAAACUGGCGGACAUGUACGGGGGCGGCGAGGAAGAUUAAACUGACCUCACCUUAUUUAAAAUAAAGGAAAAAAAAGAA